CAAACCCCCAAAACCCUAGCUCCCCUACCUCAGCAGCUCAUUUCUCCCUCAGCCGCUUAGGGUUAGCAGCAAAGAGCAGAGCAAGAUGGUUUCUGGUUCAGGCAUUUGCGCCAAGCGCGUUGUGGUGGACGCUCGCCACCACAUGUUGGGUCGUCUAGCUUCGAUCAUUGCCAAGGAGCUUCUCAAUGGACAGAAGGUAGUGAUUGUCCGGUGUGAGGAGAUCUGCAUCUCCGGCGGUCUGGUUCGUCAGAAGAUGAAGUACAUGAGGUUUCUCCGCAAGAGAAUGAACACCAAGCCUUCUCACGGUCCCAUCCAUUUCCGUGCUCCCGCUAAGAUUCUCUGGCGCACAAUCCGUGGAAUGAUUCCACACAAGACCAAGAGAGGUGCUGCAGCUCUUGCUCGUUUGAAGGCUUACGAGGGUGUCCCACCUCCUUAUGACAAAAUCAAGAGGAUGGUCAUUCCUGAUGCUCUCAAGGUUUUGAGGCUCCAAGCCGGACACAAGUACUGCUUGUUGGGCCAGCUUUCUUCUGAGGUUGGAUGGAAUCACUAUGAUACCAUCAAGGAACUUGAGAAGAAGAGAAAGGAGAGGGCUCAGUUGGCAUACGAGACCAAGAAGAAGUUGAAUAAACUUAGGGUGAAGGCUGAGAAGGCAGCCGAGGAGAAGUUAGGUCCUCAGCUUGAAGUUAUUGCUCCCAUCAAGUAUUGAUCGGAUGAAACUAGUUUUUUGGAAUGACAAAGUUGUGGAGUAUUGAGGACUAUUCGUCAAAUUUGUUUUCCAUUGUCAGACUUCUUUCUUUUUGGUUUGGUCAUAUGCUUUUUGUAGUGAUUUUGAUUUAUAAUAGAUGUCGUGCCAUGCAUUUGUAUGCAAAUUCAGUUUUUUGAAAUUAGCUAAGCUAUCGCACAAUCAACUAUAUUUUUCCAUGUUUAACUACUUUCGUUAUUUGCUGUGAUAA